GCGAGUUAUGUCCGCAAGUAGUUUAAGCAGGUUGCGCUUCGAAGUCACCCGGUCGUCAAUUAAAUGGUUGAACCGCCCGUGACUAUUGAUAAAAUAGAUAGAUAAAUCUAGUUCCCAACCGGUAGGCUAGGAAUCACAGGUUGUGCUCAACUGAUUUGAAAUUCAAGUGGAGAGUUAAUUCGCCCCUACAACAAUGUGGAAAAUAUUGUCCACGGUGAUUGUGCUGUGCUGUUGUGUUGUGUAUGCUUGCGAAAAUCAGGCUGAUCGACAUUCGACAAAGGAUACUACCGGUCACUCGGUGAAACCGGGAAACGCGAAGGAUACCAGGUCCCUGUUGGUGUGCAUCGAGGAUGGCUGUUUGCGUGGCAAGAGUAUGGAAGGCAUGCUGGCGGAACCAUUCGAUGCUUUCAUUGGGAUACCGUUUGCUAAGCCACCAGUGGGAGAGCUACGAUUUGCGAACCCAGUUCGGAAUGACCCUUGGGAAAAAGGAACGAUCUACGCCGCUACGGAGGAAAAAGCCAUGUGCAUUCAAAAAAAUGACCUGAUUCCGAACGCCCAGGUCGAAGGAAGUGAAGACUGUCUAUAUUUGAAUGUGUAUCGACCAAAGAGUCACAAUGCCACCAAAGCCCUCCCGGUGAUGGUCUACAUCCAUGGGGGCGGCUUUUUCUCGGGCAGCGCCAGCCCAUCGAUUCUUGGACCGGAAUAUUUUAUGAACGCAAACCGUUGCCUUCUGGUAACAUUUCAGUACCGUUUGGGAGUGUUUGGAUUUUUGUCCACUGGAGAUGGAGCGGCACCAGGAAACUAUGCCCUCAAGGAUCAGGUUAUGGCUUUACAGUGGGUGAAAAAGAACAUCGCCGAAUUUGGCGGCAAUCCGGAUUUGGUAACAAUUUUCGGACAGAGUGCUGGUGGGGCCUCAGUGCACAUGCACAUGAUUAGUCGGAUGAGCGAUGGUCUAUUUUCGAGGGCCAUAAUGAUGAGUGGCAAUGCGAUUGCACCCUGGAAUAUUCCAACGAAAGAUCCGCUGGCCCUAGCAGUAAAACAAGCGGAAGCCGUUGAUAUCCCAUGUGCAAAAAACCUUUCUUCCAAACAAAUCGUAAACGUCCUACGCAAUGUAGAUGCGAUUGCGCUCACAAAAAGUAUCGAUAAAUUGAAGUUCUGGUCUAUUGACCCUUUGACUCUUUACCGGCCGGUGAUAGAAUCGCCGAACUGGUCGGACCAAACCUUUCUCGUAGAAGACCCCCGAGUUUCGUGGCAGAAAGGUAACUAUCAGCAGCUGCCGUGGAUGACUAGUUUUGUACCGAACGAAGGGGCCGUUCGUGCCAUCGCAAUCACCUCAAACGAACGAUUGCUUAAAGAAUUAAACGCUAAUAUUAGCUACCUGCUGCCAAAGCUACUAGAGAAAGAACAAUCCACCGAGUUGCUGCGGGUAUUAAAGGCUCGCUACUUCAAUGGAAGCUCAGAGGAGGAAUGGAUAAAUCAAAAAAAUGCCCAACGACUACUGGAUCUGUACACCGAAGCGGGCUUUGCCUAUCCGAUCCAGUCAGCCGUGAAGCAGCACGUUACGUUCGCCGACACCAAGCAGGCGCCGGUUAGCAUUUACAAGUUCAGCUUCAAAGGUCGCUAUUCCUACUCGUUCUACUACACCUUCACGCAUCAGGACUACGGCGUGGUUCACUGUGAUGAUCUGAUCUAUCUUUUCCGCGCGCCAGCACUGUUCCAGGACUUUCCGCGUAAAUCGAAGGAGGCACGGAUGUCGCACAAUUUAGUCGAGUUUUUCAUCGAUUUCGCAAUCAAUGGAGUGGCCACUGCAUUGAAGCCUUACCGAUCCUGCGGCAACGACAACGAAAUCUACCAAUCAAUGGACUGCGAUGUGCUCGAGUUUGUCAACUCGGAAGAACCGGAGAAGCCCUUUGAGGUGCGCGUUUUCAAUGGGCGGAAUGAGGACUUGUUUGCUUUCUGGAAUAAAUUCUACUAGGACGUACUUGUUGGAUGGUCGAUGACCUGGUUUAUUGCUAGUUGUAGUAGUAUCUGUUGAAAAGACGUUGUGAUAAUUGCGCAAAAGUAUUGUAAGUGAGCUGAUUAUGGAAUGCCAUUUUCAGAAGAAGCAGCUCAGAAUGUUUGGAAUGUAUUAUGUUUAGACUCGAUUGUAUGGUUAGAAAUGUACUCCGGACGUUCAUAUUUUCUUGAAUACCGUUUUUUCUAUAAUAUUGUUUUGAAAUACAUUUUUUACUGAUACUUAAAA